GCGGCGGCGGCGGCGGCGUCAUGGCGGAGGCGGCUUUGGACGCUGUGCGGAGGGAGUUACGAGAAUUCCCGGUCGCCGCCAGGGAGCUCAGUGUGCCUCUUGCAGUGCCCUACUUGGAUGAGCCCCCCACUCCACUUCACUUCUACCGGGACUGGGUCUGCCCCAACAGGCCCUGCAUCAUCCGCAACGCCUUGCAGCACUGGCCGGCCCUCCAGAAGUGGUCAUUCCCCUACCUCAGAGCCACAGUGGGCUCCACGGAGGUGAGUGUGGCCGUAACCCCGGAUGGUUAUGCGGAUGCUGUGCGAGGGGACCGCUUUGUGAUGCCCGCUGAACGCCACCUGCCCCUGAGCCGUGUGCUGGAUGUGCUGGAGGGCCGAGCUCAACACCCAGGAGUCCUCUAUGUGCAGAAGCAGUGCUCUAAUCUGCCCAUCGAGCUGCCCCAGCUGCUGCCUGAUCUGGAGCCCCACGUGCCCUGGGCCUCUGAGGCACUGGGAAAGAUGCCUGAUGCUGUGAACUUCUGGCUGGGGGAGGCAGCUGCAGUGACAUCUUUGCAUAAAGACCACUAUGAGAACCUCUACUGUGUGAUCUCAGGAGAGAAACACUUCCUGCUACAUCCACCCAGCGACCGGCCUUUUAUCCCCUAUGAGUUGUACAUACCAGCAACUUAUCAGCUGACGGAAGAGGGCUCCUUUAAAAUGGUGGAUGAAGAGGCCAUGGAGAAGGUGUCUGUCUGUCUUGUUCCUGGGCCCCAGGGAGAGGGAAGGAUAGGAAUCUGGGCUCUGAGGAGCAGGUGCCCUGGAUUCCACUGGACCCCCUGGCUCCAGAUCUGGCCCGGUACCCCAGUUACAGUCAGGCCCAGGCACUUCGCUGCACAGUGCAGGCUGGUGAGAUGCUCUACCUGCCAGCCCUGUGGUUUCACCAUGUCCAGCAGUCCCAUGGUUGCAUUGCUGUGAAUUUUUGGUAUGACAUGGAGUAUGACCUCAAGUACAGCUACUUCCAGCUGCUUGACUCCCUCACUAAGGCCUCAGGUCUCUACUGAUGGAGCCCUGGUGACCAUUGCUGCGGACAACUCGUGGAAAAUGUCAUAUCCCUUCUGGGCCAGGUCAAUCCUAAAAGCAACCUGAAGUCAGAGUGUGCUGGCUGCUGACCCGGCUCAGCUUCGGAUAAUCUCUGGAGGCAGUCUGGAAGACCAGGAGACGCCAGGCAGGUCUGGGUGUGGGCUCCCAGGAAGUUGCCACACUGGAGGAAGAAUGGGGUUCCAGGUGUAGCACCGCCUCUAACCUCUGUGACCUUGGGCAAGUUACUGUCUCGGAGCAUUGGUAUCUUGUCUGUAAAGCAGAGAUAAUGAUGGUUCCUACCUCACGGUGUGGUGAGGCUUGGAGAUGGUAUCUGUAAGGAUAGCAUGGGACUGGUACAGAAGAAGUGUUUAAUAAAAGAUAGCUGUGAUUUGUGUGUACUGAGA